GUAAGCGGCAAUGAUGGUGCCUUUACCUGUCCAUUGCUCUAUUUUCUAAUCCGUAUUUUAACGUUGUUACAACAGCUGAUGAUCACAGGGGAGUGUUGACGCCUGGAUCUUAUGACACUAAUCCAGAGAAGAGAGUGGCAACAUGUCUGCUGAUGUGGCAGAGGAACUGGUCUUCUACUGUACAGAUGACCGGUUUUUCUUAGAACCAGUAAACUCCAAGCAACUCAUGGUAAUAGAUCGGGUCAGCCAUGAAAUUGUUCUGGAGGAAAAUAGUGGUCAGAUUCCCUUCAGUGCUUCAAGGAAGACUGUGUAUGGAGUAGUAGGAAUUAUCCACUUGAUAGCUGGGCCAUAUCUAAUUUUAAUAACUAAGAGGAUGAAAGUUGGCACUCUAAAUAAACAGACAAUAUGGCGCCUAGAGGAUACGCAAGUUAUACCUUAUGCUAGGUCAACCACUUCCCUAACUGCUGAACAAAAAGUAUACAAUGACAAAUAUCUAGCCAUGCUUCAGCAAGUUUUAUCAACUCCAUACUUUUAUUUCUCAUACACCCAUGAUUUAACACACACGCUACAGAGACUUUACUAUACUGCUGAAGAUUUUUUGCAGAUGGCACUGCACGAGCGUGCUGAUGUAAGAUUUGUUUGGAACCAGCACUUGCUGAGAGACUUGUGUGUUCAACCAGAAAUAAAUGCAUUUUGCCUUCCUCUGGUCCAUGGCUUCAUUUCCAUCAAGCAAUGCAGUAUUAAUGGUGAGUGGUUUACUUGGACUUUGAUAUCUCGUAGGAGCGUUUAUCGUGCAGGCACUCGUAUGUGGAUGAGAGGCAUUGAUCCAGAAGGUACAGUUGCCAAUUAUGUUGAAACUGAACAGAUAAUUGAGUUUAGGGACUUUAGAUCAUCAUUUGUCCAGACAAGAGGGUCCAUUCCCCUCCUUUGGUCUCAAGAGCCGAACCUUAAAUACAAACCUGAACCUUUAAUUGGCAAUGCUAACCAUGAAGAAGCAUUUACACGGCACUUUGAGUCUCAAGUGCUUUGCUAUGGAAAACAAGUUGCAAUUAACCUGAUAGACCAAAAAGGGGUUGAAGGUAAGUUGCAUGAGGCAUUUAAACAUUUGAUUGAGACCAGUGUCAGACAGAUGAUAAGAGAUAAUGUAAAGUAUGAAUAUUUUGACUUUCAUCAUGAGUGUCGUAAAAUGCGGUGGGAUCGGCUAAGCAUCUUAAUGGAUCGUGUAGAACCUGACAGGGAAUCUAUGGGCUACUUCCUAUUUCGUGAUGGAGUAGUUCUUUUGGAGCAAGAGGGUGUAUUUCGCACCAAUUGUAUAGAUUGCUUAGAUCGUACUAAUGUUGUACAGUCCAUGUUAGCCAGGAAGCAGUUGAAAUCUGUCCUAACUCGAAUGGGAAUUCUUAGUGAAAAUCAGAAAAUAGAAGAUCAAUUCUCCUUUGAAGGUACAUUUAAGAAUGUUUGGGCUGACAAUGCUGAUAUUUUAAGCAUUCAGUAUUCAGGAACUGGAGCACUAAAAACAGAUUUCACACGCACAGGAAAACGAACUCAUGUGGGUCUUUUAAAAGAUGGAUGGAAUAGUGCCAUUCGAUACAUAAAGAACAAUUUCUUUGAUGGUGAUAGACAAGAUGCGGUGGAUCUUUUCCUUGGCAAGUAUCAAGUUGAGACAGGUGAGGGUGCCUCACGAUCCUGCCCACUUAAGGAACACAGAGACUCUCGACUUCUGUUACUGCCGGGAGCUGUUUUUAUCUCUCUACUUAUGGUGUUUGCAUGUAUUUUGCUUCCCUCGGACUAUACAUCAUUUACACUCUUAUCCCUUCUUUUCUGGGCAGCCAUGACUGUGGUUGCUGCUAUUGCUACACUCAUGCAAGGUCGGCAACUAGUUAAUGCACCACGCUUAAGUUUGUCUACACUCAAAAACCUCACAGCUCCUCCUAGAGUUGGGUAGCACAUCUAAGGUUGUGGAGAUGUAAACAAUCUUACCUUAAAACAGUUUAUUCAUGAGUUGUGUGUGAUAUACAUAUGUUUAUGUAUAUAUACUUUUAUUUUUGCAUUCAUGUGUGUGUACAUGUCUGAAUACAGGACACCAUGAGUGUUUGUUUUGUUCCAAUUGCUACCAACACACACAC